AAAAUGAGGAAGUAAGGGACUGUUCUAAACUGAGUGCAAAGAACUAGUCUUUCUUUUGGUUUCUUGCCUACUUUGCUCAUCGUGGUGUUCUAAUGGCCGCAGUAUAAAAUUAGAUGGGUUGAUUGAAUCCUGACACAUGCAGUUUUUAUUUUUUCAGACUAGAAAGCCUUCUCUCUGGUACUAAUUUUGAGCUUAUUUGGAAUACCGCUUUUGGCUUUUUCCAACAGGAAAUAAAUCAAUUCAAAGUUCUUGGUGUCCUCAUCUGCAAAAGAGGAAGGAAGUAUGCUAGAUGGAAAGAAAAGUGAAGAGGGAGGGGACAUUGUCGUGAAGGAGGCAAGGGAGACGGGACAGGGGUGAAGAUGAAGGAGCAAAACGUAAUACAAUGGAACCAGACUUUUUCACUGCUUUUGCACAGCCCAGUGCACUUCAUCAUUCACCACUUAAGAAUGACGCCAUUCAAGGAGAAAAGAGGAAAUUCAUAAAUCCUACCUCCUGCAAUAACCCUAAGUUGGAAGAACUACAAAUGCUCUUGAUAGAUUGGAUUAACACAACCCUGAAACAGGAACACAUAGUAGUGAAAAGCCUGGAAGAAGACCUGUUUGAUGGGCUGAUACUUCAUCAUCUCUUGGAAAAACUAGGAUCUCUCAGGCUGGAAGUUGAGAAGAUUGCACUGACGGAAAAAAAACAGAAACAUAAACUUGCCGUUAUUCUGGAAGCUGUGGCCCAGAGUUUACAACUAGAAGAGAGCCAGCUGAAAUGGAGUGUUGAUUGUAUGUGCAGAAGUAAAAUGCAAGCUAUCUUCCAGAAGGACUUACUGAGCACAUUAUAUCUUCUGAUUGCAAUAGCAAAGCACUUCCAACCUGAUCUGCCUAUCCCUUCAAAUAUUAGUGUGGAAGUAAUAAUCAUUGAGCGUACCUUAACAGGAUUAAGGACAGAAAAUGCAGUGGAAUAUAUCACAGAGAACAGAGAGAAUUUAGAAGGCCAGGCAAAAGCUGAUGCCUUUGAUGAAUUAUUCACACAUGCACCGGACAAACUGGAUGCUGUGAAAAAGGUGCUUUUGCAAUUUGUCAACAAGCAUGUUGGAAAAUUAGGAUUAAAUGUGACAGAUGCUGACUCUCAGUUUGCAGAUGGAGUUAUCUUGCUUUUGUUAAUUGGACAACUUGGGGGGUAUUUCCUGAAUUUAAGGGAGUUCUUCCUGACCCCAAAUUGUGCUACGGAAAUGCUUCACAAUGUUAACCUUGCAGUGGCUUUGCUGACAGAUGGAGGUCUUCUAGAUUUUCCUGUCAAUGCUGAAGAUAUCGUGAACAGAGAUAUGAAGACUACAUUGCAGGUUUUGUACUGCUUGUAUUCCAAAUACAAGACCAAAGAAACAUGAAGAGUGAAACCAAGAACUAGAUUUUCUUGCUAGCAUAUUCCGGGUUUAAUUUUCAAUUCCUAGCUGUAUGUUUGCCACUUUGCACAUGCCCACACCCUAUAUGACACUUGUUGCAUUAAUAUGCUUUGAAGAGCAUGUAUGCAUGCAAAGUUGCAGUUAUAUAACUUGCACUAUCUAUAAUAAAAGUGUGUGUGUAUUCAGGGACCAGUGUUUUCUGCUGUUCCCUGGCUGGGAAUUUUGCCACAGAACAGAAUCCACCCCUUGCUUCAUCUAAGGCCCCCAAAAGCUGUAAAGACUAGUCAACGUGCUUACCCCAGCCCCUGGCUUCAACCCCUGGCCCUUUUAUCAGAGAGGGAGCUGGAAGUCAUUUUUAGAACUUUGCACCUGUACUUGCACUGAGGUGGCUGCAGCACCAUGAUGGAGUUGGUGUCCAUAAGGGGGCUUGAAGCCCAUAGUCUGAUGAUAAUUUUUAAAAGUGGCUAGUGAUAUGAAACUUGGCAAGAUGUGAAAUGUUUGAAAAAAUCUGCUUGCUUGCCUGCCUCUUAAAAUACAUUUACACUGGAGAGAUUGAGAACCCUAUGCAGGCCAUCCACUGUACAGUAUUGUGGAUUUCCCCCAGUCCUCUGUACCUCCUACAAAACCAUGACAGAGCCCCCUUAUUUGCCCUUUAAUCUAGCACAAGAUUGUGGCCUACUGCACCCCUCUUCUCCCUGCAACUCUUGUGCAACUACACAUGGCCAGCCUGAAUACUAGUCUCUGCACUACCUAAGUGCAAGGGGAGAGGCUAACAUGACUCCACCUUCCCCCUUACAAGGGUACAUGGGAGGGUGGGUUGGGGUGUGACUCAUUCUAUCCCUGUAACACUCAGAGUUCAGCGCUAACGGGAGUUUAUAAAACCUUUCUUUAGCUGUCACUACUGAGUUUGCUCCUGUGGGGCACACAACCUAUAUUGGGACUAUACAGGAUACCUAUACUAUACGACACCUCCAGCAGCUGCCACUAAGGCAGUGCACCCCCACAAUCCCCACCCUAAUGUAGCUGUGGCUGCAAAAGCCACACUCCUCUCCUUUAAUUGCCACCCUUGCGUUUUAAGUCCUAGGCCCUUUGGAGGCUUUCUUCAGCUUCAUUUGACCUUAACGUUAUUUUAAAUUUGUAUUUCAUGUAUAUUUGUAUGAUGUGUAAAGAUUUCUAAGAUGGGAAAAAGUGAGUAGUUGUGAUUUUAUUUUGGCAUCCCUUUUAACCAAUUUAAUUUCCUGUAGUCAGUGACUCUGACAUUUGAUCCCUGACCAGAUCCCUCAGACUGUGUAUUAAUAUGGGAAACCACGGCACUCCAAGUUUGAGAGCUGACAUUUAAGAAUUUGUUGUGUCUAGUUCUUGGUUGUGCAGUCUAAAAGAGAUCCUUAGAUGGCAAUAUUGACAAAUCUUCAAGUUCUGGCUUUGACAAGUUAUAAUUAUGCAAAACUACUAAAGGGGAGAGUUCCACAAACUGUCAUGAACAUCAUAAUCCCAUUUGCAUUGGCAAUAAUUAUCAAGAUACAUUUUACAAAGGAAAAUCCAAUGUCUGGUGCCAAAAAGUUACCAAAAAAGAGCAUCCAGCUUCAAUAGUAAAAGUUAAAUAAAUAGCUAUUCCAAAAGAUUUAUAUCUGACGUACAUUCUUAGGGUUAUCUCAUGUAUGAAUCUGUGAAGGUAUCUUGUUUUAUUCUCCUGGUGGGCUCCAAACAUCUGAUGGGGGAAGACCUUAAAAGUUUGUGUUCUUUAUUCACUGGUACUUUUACCAGAACAUUACAUGAAGAUUAGAACACAGAUAGAUUACUGAGGAUAAAGAAAUAGAAUGUCCAUCACAGAGGGAUUUAAUGACUCUGGUGACUGGUACUAUGAUAUAGGUACAGCCUUUUGCUAUUAGGUAAUUGGUUAGAAUCCAGCCCAUGUUGCUAGUGACUGGAAGUCAUUACUAGAUGAUGUAUUUUUAGUGGCCUAUGUGAAAUGAGUUGGUGAUCUCAGUCCAGCUAGCUAGGCAGUAGUCUGUAUCACACAAAUGACCCUUCCCUACUUUUAACAUCCCUAUUUUACAGAUGGAGAAAAUGAGGCACAGAAAGGUUUGCAAGUUAGUGCAGAGACCAAGAAUAUGACCCAUCAGUGCUGGCUCACAAUCCCUUCCUCCAGAAAGCACACCUUCAAAUUUUCCCUUUUCCUUUCUCCAAAACAUGUCUGUCCAUUAACCAUGCCCCCUCCGUCACCAGUUCAAGAGUGCAAUUCCUGCAGCUCAUCACAUAAAAGCUCUUCAAAUGUGUUAUUCUGAAAUGAAUGAAGGAUGCUACCUGUCUUGAAAAUUGGAGAUGGUCCUGAUUUUGGAACAUUUUGCACUCUUUUCAUAAAAGGGAAGUUCCAAUAAAUAAUGGAAUGGAAGGUGGGGGUGGAGGGAAGGCAAAUAGUUAGAUUUCAUCUCAUAGCAUUUAAAAUCUUGUGGUCUGAUCCUCAGCUGGUGUAAAUAAAUACAGCUCUUUUGAGGACAAUGGAUCAAUUUAUGCCAGAUAACUAUCUAGCUCCUGAAUAGGUGGAUGGACUACGCUCUCCUUUCCACCUUAUGUUCUCGUAAGCCCUUUUGGGAUGAAUUAUCUUUUUAUUUUUACUGUAUGUUUUCAAAAGGAUGAUGACUAAUGUGGUUGAAUCAGUAACUUUAAAAUAGAGGCUGAAAAUAAAUAUUUUAAUGUGUCUUUCACACUGAGCCAAUUCAUAAUGUGCAUGAUGUCUUGGAAUACUUUGAUAAGCAUGUGUCUGAUUAGAAAAAAACGAUGUCUGAUUCGUAAAGCAUAGUAAUCCAUCAGACAGCCACCCACUCUAUAAUUUCCUAUAGAAAUAUGUACAAGUGCACUACUUAUGUAUGGGACACAGUCGUAGAUUUGUCAUGGGUUGAUUAGUAAAUACAGAGUGACAGUGCUAAAGCACAUAUUCCAUCAGCAGGGAACUGUGGAAAGGAGAAUUAUUUACUAUUAUUCUAAGAUGUUGUUUGUGCCUGGCACAACCAGUGACAGACUUGUUCCCUUUUUGCUCUUAUGAUUAUCAGUCAAUAAAAGAAAAACAAGCCUGCUUGUUCUGUAUUAACUGGCAAAUGUAUCAUGACAUUUUAAGUAUACCAUGACAUGUCCAUAUUGCGGCAUUCAGUUGCCUUGCCAUAUAAUUAAAUAU